AUGAAGCCCUUAGUCACUCGAAAGCGUGCUGGGUCUGAAAUCAAUGAUGGAGGGAUAAAUGGGUCCAAACGACCCAAAGGAAACUCUAUUGGGGGUCUUAUACCAGACUUCAGACUCAAGUUGCAUCCAAAACCCGCUAAAUCCAAGGCUUCUCCUCAAUGUCCUGAUAGCGAAUCCGAUCGUGAGAUGGAUAUUGCAGAUGGAAUCGGUGCACUUGCGGAGGAGUGGUCGGUCGAAGAUUUGAAGGCUGCCAGACACGCGAAAUCUAAAAAGCAUGGAUCAACAAAUAAACGAGCAAUGAUUGAUGCAAGACUAACCCUGGAGGAGGAGAGCAAGAUCAAGUUGGUACCCGCCAAUGUCAAUCAGAUCGAUAUCAAAGAACAAAGAGAGUCAGCACGUGGGAGCAAGGCGCGAUAUCGCGAUAUAAAUCGUGAAAGACCUUAA